CUUACAGCUUCAGGUGUCGGUCAGCACCACGGACAGAGAUCCUCGUUGAAAUGCAAUGUGUGGCUUCAGAGUCGAGUCUGCUAUCAAGAGCGAAAGCGGAGUUUGGUGUAAUGGGUUACUAUCAGCUCAGUCCACUCAUCUCGCCAUAAAUGACGCCUGGCCAAUGAUUGCCACAGCCAUUGUGGGUUAUCUCCUGUGGUGACUGCGGACUCAAGAGUUUUCUUCCCUGCUGCAUCUCAAGACCCACUGAUCUUCACCAUUCAUUCCCCCGUCAGCUUACACCCACCCCUCUUCCUCUCUUCCCUCUUUCUAAGUAUCCUCUGAAGACCUACCGGUGGAGUCACAAUGGAGGACACUUACAAUAACAGGACUUCUCUAGCUAAGGGGGCCAAGGACAUGGUCAAGGAGGCCAAGCGGCACACAGCAAAGAAAGUCAACAAGGUGGUGGACCGUGCCACAGAUGAGUACUCAUCCCAUCGCAAUUACAGCCGAUUCCAGGAUGAGGAGGACGAAGAUGAGGAUUUCUACCGAAACCCCCCGAGGCAGGAUGGUGAGGGCUACCAUGAUAAUGAGGAGGGAUCCAGUGAUGCCACAGAAGGCCACGAUGAUGAGGAUGAGAUCUACGAGGGCGAAUACCAGGGGAUUCCCUCGGCAGGAGAUAGGAAGCAUAAGGAGGGGCAGGUGGCACUGGGUCAACCGGUGUCAGAUGCAGCAAGGGACCGUAAGGGGCUGGAGGAGGAGAGGCAGGCUGAUGAGGAGGAGUUGGCCCAACAAUACGAGCUGAUCAUCCAGGAGUGUGGCCACGGGAGAUUCCAGUGGCAACUCUUCCUGGUUCUUGGGCUGGCACUCAUGUCAGAUGGGGUGGAAGUGUUCGUGGUGGGCUUCGUGCUGCCCAGCGCAGAGACAGACAUGUGCGUGCCAAACUCCAGCUCGGGAUGGCUAGGCAGUAUUGUUUACUUGGGGAUGAUGGUUGGAGCGUUCUUCUGGGGAGGGAUGUCAGACAAAGUGGGCCGCAGACAGUGCCUCCUUAUUUGCAUGUCCACAAACGGCUUCUUCGCCUUCCUGUCAUCUUUUGUCCAGGGAUACGGCUUAUUCCUACUUUGCCGUGUCGUCGCGGGCUUUGGGAUAGGAGGCGCUGUGCCCAUCGUUUUUUCCUUCUUUGCAGAGGUGUUGUCCAGGGAGAAAAGAGGAGAACACCUCAGCUGGUUGUGUAUGUUCUGGAUGAUUGGAGAAAUCUAUGCAUCUGCUAUGGCCUGGGCCAUCAUACCACACUAUGGUUGGAGUUUCAGCAUGGGGUCAGCAUACCAGUUUCACAGCUGGAGGGUGUUUGUGGUCGUCUGUGCCCUGCCCUGUGUAUGUGCUGUGGUGGCACUUACCUUCAUGCCUGAGAGUCCCAGGUUCUACCUUGAGGUGGGGAAGCAUGAUGAAGCCUGGAUGAUCCUCAAACAGAUCCACGACACCAACAUGAGAGCGCGUGGGCAACCGGAGAAAGUCUUCACUGUGAACCGGAUCAAAAUCCCCAAACAGCUGGAUGAACUGGUGGAAAUGGAGUCAGAGUCUGCCAACCGAGUGUCCAAGUUUUUCUUUAGGAUAAAGACUGAAAUACAUGGGAUCUAUCUGAAUCUCAUGAAGUGCUUCAACUACCCUAUGCGAGAAAACAUGACACGACUAGCCAUAGUGUGGUUCACACUGUCGUUCGGAUAUUAUGGUCUGUCCGUCUGGUUCCCUGAUGUCAUCAAACACCUCCAGGCAGAUGACUAUGCAUCUAAAGUGCAGAUCCACAGGAAUGAACGCAUUGAAGACUUCACCUUCAACUUCACCCUGGAGAACCAGAUACACAAAAAUGGCCUCUUCAUCAACGACCGAUUCAUCAAUAUGAAGUUGAAGUCUGUCACCUUCAUUGACUCCACUUUUCGUAACUGCCAGUUUGAUGAUGUGACAUCAGUGGGCUCCUUCUUCCGUAACUGUACUUUCAUUGAUGCUUUCUUCUUCAACACAGACAUUGAUGAAUCAAAGUUGUUAGAUGGCACAGAGGUGGUCAACAGCACAUUCACCCACAACAAGACAGGAUGCCAGAUGACUUUUGAUGAUGACUACAGUGCGUACUGGGUUUACUUCAUUAACUUCCUGGGGACCCUGGCUGUUCUGCCUGGCAACAUUGUGUCUGCCCUUCUCAUGGACAAAAUUGGGCGUCUGUCCAUGUUAGGUGGCUCUAUGGUGCUUUCAGGCAUCAGCUGUUUCUUUUUGUGGUUUGGCACCAGUGAGUCCAUGAUGAUUUUCAUGUUGUGCCUUUACAACGGCCUGAGCAUCUCUGCCUGGAACUCCCUGGAUGUAGUCACGACUGAGUCAUUCCCUACUGUCAGGAGAGGAACAGGUUUUGGGUUCUGCAAUGCUCUGUGUAAGCUGGCAGCAGUCUUGGGGAACCUGAUUUUUGGUUCUCUUGUUGGCAUCACAAAGGCCAUCCCCAUCCUCAUGGCUUCAUCUGUGCUCGUCGGGGGAGGCCUGGUUGGACUCCGGUUGCCUGACACAAGAGCGAAUGUCCUCAUGUAACACCAGUUACAGAUGUUCAUCAGCUGGGAUAAAACCUGAAUAAAGCCUGGGUGGAUCCGAGAGGAAGCCCAGGGACUGUUGAGCAUGGAGUGCAAAUGGCUUGGUUUACAUAUGAAUCAAAUUUAUCUAAUAUAACACUGGUAAAGGUGGAUAACCACCCAUCUUUUACAUUUGUUUUUGUGUCUUUUACAUUUACACCGUACCUGACAGAGAUGAGAGAGCAGGUUUUGGUGCUGAGACUUUGGUGGAGUUUAGUUCAGUGACUAGUUGCAACCAUAACCUUGUGUGGAAUUAUUGCACGGUUAAAGCUCAAAGCUUUUAAUAUUGAUACAGUCUUAUUAAGACAAGCCAGAUGGGGAGAAAAGUGAAAAACAAGCUGUAAUGAGCACAGCCAACCUGCUGCGUGACAACGUAGGGAAUAGAUGAUCAGAAAGAGCAGUCAGACGACACAGCUGUAUGGCAGCUGGUUUGCCCACAGGACUCACAUACAUAGGACGGACAUGUUGUUGUAGACAGUGUGGAUAAAGUCAACAUACACAAAUACAUAAUACGUCACACACAGAAGUAUUUUAUUAGUUUGACACUCAUAUACAUACAUAGACACUUGCUCAAACAUCUGCAAAUAUUUUAAGUAAACUAUUUAUAUGAGACACCAAGCCCUUUGCAUUACCUACCCAACCAAGAAUCUAAAAGGCCAUAUUGAAAAACUGUAUUUUCUUGUACCAAUAAUUGUAUAGUAUGUUGGUAUGAAGCUGCUGAUUGUGUUUUCUGUUGUGUUAUUGUGUAAGUUGGAAUGAUGAAUUAUUUAUUUUAUCCAAAUGUUGUUACUCCAGGUCCCCUUCCCUGUGUUGUACUAUUGUACGAAGGCUCUCUGAGGAGCUCUUCUUCUGAUUUUGCUUUGUGUUGAAUCUCUUCGCUCGUGGCAGUGACGUUGAUAAUGAAAUGUCAUGCUGCUUCCUUUAAAAAAAAAUACUGAAUGGCCUUUUUUUAAAUGUGCCUCUCCUUAACGGGAGCAGUCUGCCCAUAGUCAUGUGGUGUCCAAAGGUUAUAAGGAACAGACAGAAACAGAAUAGGAACAAAAUAGGUAAAAUAAUCAUGCCGCUUUUUUGUAUAUACAGUAUGUGAAAUAUGUGGCCAAUACAGUAUUAAAUUAGUGAGUGUGAAUUUAACCUUUGGUCUACAUUUCAUCCCUUUUGUUUAACAUCUCUAUUUUGAUAAAAACUUAUUUUUGUGAACAUCCCUUACUCCAGAGUAUAAAUAAUCAAUUUGUUACUGAAGCUAACAAAGAAUCAUAAUGGUUAAUUUACCAUGCAUCACUAAAAACAAUAAUGUAUAUAAUAACAACCACCUCUUUAUGAGGAGUAAUUGGCACCAUCCAAGAUAAAAAUGUCUCCUAAGGAAACAUUUUGGCUUUGUAUAUUAAACUGUCUGGGAAAAUUCCACUCAAAUUAUGUUUGCAUCUUUAUUUUAUUUUGGUCUAAGAUCUAAUUUUCCAUAAUCUCAUUUAAAAAAUUUAAAAAUAUGACCUACCUUCUAAUAGUUUAAUCAUUUAUCUUCUGGUUCAACACUGGAACCUCAAUGCAUACUGCUAAAGAUACUGAUAAUAAGAUCAUGUUGCUAUUUUCAAAGCGUCAAAAUACCUCUAAAAAUUUAAAUAGAUCAUUUUUAUAGUAUAGAUUUUUCAGAUAUGUCUAACAUAACAAUUCAAUUGCUCAUUGUCUUGUUUAAUUUGUGCCUGUGCAUUGUAUUUUCUGUGGCUAACAGCCAAUGUCCUCCUGCUUUUCUCUGUAUGUAUGGUAUGUUUGAUUGCCGCGUAGAGGCACUGCGGUUGGUCUGUUAACACCACAGGGUUCCAAAGUCGUACUAUACACGUGCAUCCAUUUUCGUGGACGCAACUCUUUAUUAGAUUUUGUAAAAUCAGUUGCAUAAUGUAGUGUGCUGCUAUUGUGCAACAUAUGACCAUAUCAUUUCAGUAUUUUUGAAGCAAAGGUAUUGCAUAGAGAUUCUAAAUUAAUGCACUGAUAUAAAAAGAAAUGACUUUUGUCCAGUGUCAAUACAAUGCUUCUGAUUGUUAUCAGAAGCAAGAAUAACAGAGGGAUUUAUUUGUAUGGUUCAGGAUGUGUUCAAACCUAGAUUAUGGCAGAUCUACCUAUAGUGUUAUAUUGCAGAGAAAUAAUAUUAUCUGUUAUGUUUGAGGUAUUUUGGGUAUUGCUUAUGUGUACUGUAUUUAUGUAUGUGUGUGUG